UUUCCCCGGUAACUGACAACAGCCGCCGGCCCGCCCUCAGCUCUCGGCGAGGCGGCGCUUCCCCUGUCCGGAUCCCCCAGCGGGAUGGGUACCCCGUGUCCAGAGCCCCACAAGCAGACGGGAGCUUCCCCGUGCCCGGGCUCCCGCGGCGGGAGCAUGGCCACACAGUGUGCCCAGGAGUGCGCCUGUGGCCCCCCGCCCCGACCGGAGCAGCCCGACAAACGUGGCGGGUAUAUAUCCAAACUUAAAGAAAUUGUGAAACAUGAAGCAGAGAAAAAUAAAUCUCAGUGGAAAACUAUGGGGCCAGCAAAAGUUGCAGUGCCACCUCCAAAUGGUUUUCUGCAGAAAUGUUCCAAGGAACCCAAGUUAGCACCAAAAAAGAAAGAACAAGAUGGUAAAAGAUUGCUUCCAUUAGUGCCACCCAGGACAUACCACCCAGUUAUUCACAUUAAUAAGAAUUUUAUACAUAAAAAUGCAGUUGCUGUUAUCACAGGGGAGCCUAAAAAGCCUCGACAUUUUUGUGUUGAUACAAGACACGGAGAUAAAUAUCUCCUUGAACCUUCAGGACUUUAUCCAAAAUACAUCCAAAAAAAGAAUUAUGGUGUUGUACCAAAAUAUGUGACACGGAGAAAAGAAGAAAUGAAGAGAGAGGAGGAAGAAUACCAGGCCAGUGUUUUGGAGGAACUCAAGAAGAAAGCCCUGAAACGUCUGUCUGAAGAAGAAAGGACUGAUAUUCUAAAGGCACUGAAGAAGAAGUGGGAGGAAAUAAAUAGUGCAUAUCAGUGUCUUCCAGUACUAACCGACACCAGGUACAAGAGGAUGCAUAAAGAAAAGCUGGAAUUACAGCUGCAACAACUGGAGCAUGACAUAGCAGCCAUCGAGAAGUACAAGUGUGUCUACAUUGCAGAUGUGUAAGGAUUCUUGUUCAAAGUACCUCUUUUCUCCUUUUUCUCUAUCCAUGCAUCUCCAAGAAGGGCCUCUCUAAAUUCUCAGAAGAUGCUACCGUCAACUAUUUAGAAGGAAAUACCCCACUAAGUAUGUAGCUUCUUAGAAAAGUUGUUUUGUGUAACUCAUCUGUACAAUUCCCAAAACAUUUUGAAAUAAAAUGUUCAACUAAA